CCGAUAGAUUAUAAAAUCGAUUAAUGGGCGUUACGUGAACGAUGAACGGACUGACACAGAGUAGAAAACGCCAAUACGAUGAUCUCUAUUUGUAUCGUCCAUGCCGACCAAGUGUUUGUGCUCCAUUAUGAAAAUGCUGCGAUGCGUGAGCCACACCUAACCCCCUCGUUUUGUUCUCUUUUUCUUUUUUCUUUUUUUUUUUUCGUAACAUCUCCUUUCAUUCCAUCAGAUAUUUUUUUUUCCUUUUUCUUUUACUCACCACUUUCUUUUUCUCUCUCUUCAUUCCCUUUUUUUUUUCUUCCAUCAUCAAAUAACAACAGAGAAACACCAUACUUUUUUUUAUUCCUUUCUUUUCUCUUUCUCUUUACGAAAGGAAUCACGCUUUUUCAAACCCCCAUACCAUUCUUUUCUAUUGUCUUCGCACAGGACUUAUUGUUCUUUGUUACGCUUAUUUUUUUUUAUUAUAUUUAUUAAAAGUGAAAUAAUCAGUCCUCCUUUCUUCGUCAGUAUAUUUCAGUAGCAUCGAAAAAGAGAUAACGUACACAUGUGGAUCAUAUCGCGAGUCGUAAGCAUUGCUUUCUCAACCUACCUUACUCGUCUUUUUUCGACUUGCAAACCGGUUUUCGUUUAACCUCCCCACCCUACUAGUUUGGCGAAUCACGAUGGACGCGUGCGAUCUUUUGCAAUGUCAUUAUCCAAGCCCUGCUAGCCAUC